AGAUAGCUAGCUUUUGUUGUGGUUGAGCAUUGAACGAGUUGUUUCUAGUCCAGUAGCUUCAACUUCAUAAAAGCGUCCGCCGAGACACUUUCUACGAUGAGUGGCGGAGUUUAUGGAGGCGAUGAGGUGGGAGCGUUGGUGUUUGACAUUGGUUCGUAUUCUGUAAGAGCUGGCUAUGCGGGAGAAGAUUGUCCCAAGGCGGACUUCCCAACAGUGAUAGGUGUCACUAUUGACCGGGAUGAUGGCAGCACGCCCAUGGAGAUGGACGGUGACAAGGGCAAGCAGAGUGGCACCACCUACUACAUCGAUACCAAUCAGCUCAGGGUUCCCAGAGAGAACAUGGAGGUCAUGUCUCCCCUAAAGAAUGGCAUGAUUGAGGACUGGGACAGUUUCCAGGCCAUCUUGGAUCACACUUAUAAGAUGCAUUUCAAGUCUGAACCCAGCCUACAUCCUGUGCUCAUGUCAGAAGCAUCGUGGAACACGCGAGCAAAACGAGAGAAGCUUACAGAGUUGAUGUUUGAGCAUUACAACAUUCCUGCCUUCUUCCUCUGUAAAUCAGCGGUUCUGUCUGCCUUUGCCAAUGGGCGGUCGACAGGUCUGGUCCUGGACAGCGGAGCCACACACACAACUGCAAUUCCAGUACAUGACGGUUACGUUCUUCAGCAAGGCAUUGUAAAAUCGCCUUUGGCGGGCGAUUUCAUGAGCAUGCAGUGUAGGGAGUUGUUUCAAGAAUUAAAUGUGGAGAUAAUCCCUCCCUACAUGAUUGCAUCAAAGGAUCCAGUGCGGGAGGGAGCCCCAGCCUGCUGGAAGAAAAAGGAGAAACUACCUCAAGUCACUCGGUCUUGGCACAACUACAUGUGUAACUGUGUAAUUCAGGAUUUCCAGGCGUCUGUCCUGCAGGUUUCGGACUCUCCAUAUGAUGAACAAGUUGCUGCUCAGAUGCCCACGAUGCACUAUGAGCUCCCUAAUGGCUACAACUGUGACUUUGGUGCAGAGAGGCUAAAGAUCCCAGAAGGGCUGUUUGACCCCUCUAAUGCCAAGGGCCUGUCUGGAAACACCAUGUUAGGAGUUGGGCACGUGGUGACGACCAGCGUAGGAAUGUGUGAUAUUGACAUUCGACCUGGUCUGUACGGCAGUGUGGUGGUGACGGGAGGAAACACACUCAUUCAGGGCUUCACGGACCGAUUGAACAGGGAACUUUCUCAGAAAACCCCUCCAAGCAUGAGGCUGAAGCUGAUCGCCAACAACACUACGGUGGAGCGCCGGUUCAGUGCGUGGAUAGGAGGCUCCAUCCUGGCAUCACUUGGAACCUUCCAGCAAAUGUGGAUCUCUAAACAGGAGUACGAGGAAGGAGGAAAGCAGUGUGUGGACAGAAAGUGUCCUUGAUUUGACAUCCAGCCGCGAUUUUCCCUUCUCCAUCGACUUUACUAGCUCAACAUCGUGAGGCAUCCAGCUCUGACCCAGACUCAGGAAUGCUCAACUCUCAUUUUGUACGAUUUGUUUUUAAAACUGAGCUGAUCCUCUGUCUGGCUCUUUAAGUGUUCUUUUUUUUUUUUUUUUACUCCUUGACAUCAAUUUUUUUAAAUAUCCGAAACAUUUAGACUGUUGCCUUAUCUGUUACCUGUUGAUGGAAACUUUGCAUCUUCAAAAAGUUGUUUCUAAUUACACUGGGGAGCAUUAGAUGACACAAAUUGUACAGUAUUGCAGCAGAAAACUGGUAAGGUAAGACAUUGUGCGCUGAAGGUCUUUAAUUUGGAGGAAGCAUCGUUUAGCUGGAUAUGAAUGUCUGUUAAUCUCAUUUCCGUGUAUUUGGUAAAUUCAGUCAGUUGUUGCCCAUGGUUACUCAUAUUUCAGCUAAAAUCUGUAUUUAAUUUUUAUUUUUACUUGUCAUUGGCUACAUUUGAUCUUUGGAAAAAUAAAGUCAUGUUUGUUAUGGUUA